AUGGCCUCUGCGGCAUCAAGUAUGGACGCAGAGUCCACAAUUGCCGACGACAAUCUUCAAACCCCGGAUGUCAAGGAAGAAACGGAAGAUGUCCCGAUCUAUCGUGCCGGAGCGACAUGGCACAUGGCCCCCGAAUUGCGCCAGAUCCAGGAACGAGAUGAAGCCGGGGGCGAGAAGCCGAAAAUGCUCGGCGUGGCCUGGCAAAACCUCACCGUCAGGGGCCUUGGUGGCGAUGCCACAUUCAAUGAGAACGUCGUCUCCCAGCUUUUUCCUUUCCAUCGCAGUAACAAAGGCAGCAAGACUAAGACCAUCAUUGACAAUUCAUUCGGAUGCGUCAAGCCUGGGGAGAUGUUGCUCGUUCUUGGACGGCCCGGCGCGGGUUGCACGUCGCUGCUGAACGUGCUCUCUAACAACCGCCUCGGCUACAAAGAAGUCACCGGAGACGUCAGCUUUGGCAACAUGUCUGCUAAGGAAGCGAAGCAGUACCACACGAUCGACUUUGCCGCUCGCAUGAAGGUCCCCUACCAUCUGCCGCCGGGCAUCACAACCCAUGAAGAAUAUGUCCAGUCCUAUAAAGACUUUCUCCUGCGCUCGGUCGGCAUCUCGCACACCGCACGGACGAAGGUCGGCGAUGCCUUCAUUCGCGGUGUUUCCGGCGGAGAGAGGAAACGUGUCUCCAUUCUGGAGUGCCUCACGACUCGUGCCAGCGUCUUUUGUUGGGACAACUCGACCAGAGGCCUCGACGCCAGCACCGCUUUGGAGUGGAUCAAGGCCAUCCGAGUGAUGACCGAUAUCCUCGGGCUCAGCACAAUCGUCACCCUUUACCAGGCAGGCAACGGCAUCUACGACCAUUUCGACAAGGUUCUGCUGCUCGAUGAGGGCAAGCAAAUCUUCUACGGACCUCAAAAAGAGGCCGUCCCCUUCAUGGAGGGUCUGGGCUUUAUGCUGGAUCCAAGUUCCAACCGAGGGGAUUUCUUGACAGGCGUGAUGGUCCCGACCGAGCGCGUCAUUGCCCCUGGGUACAAAGACAUUUUCCCACGCACGGCCGAGGAGAUCCGCGACGCAUACGAGCGUUCCCCAAUUAAGACCAGGAUGCUGGAAGAGGCUCAGGAUUACCCGGUAAGCAGUGAACCGGCCGAGAACACAACCGUCUUCAAGGAAAUGGUUACCCGUGAAAAGCACCGGGGCGUCUCUGAAAAGUCUCCCGUCACUACUGGCUUCAUCACUCAAGUCAUGGCUGCCGUCAUUAGGCAAUACCAGCUAAUGUGGGGUGACAAGGCCACUCUCCUUAUGAAGCAAGGUGCCACAGUAGUCCAGGCACUCCUCGGUGGAUCUCUGUUCUACUCAGCGCCUAAUAAUUCCGUCGGCCUUUUCCUCAAGGGUGGUGCUCUGUUCUUCUCCAUCCUUUACAAUGCUCUCAUCGCCCUAUCGGAGGUGACUGACUCGUUCACGGGCCGACCGAUUCUCGCCAAGCACCGCGCCUUCGCACUGUACCACCCAGCGGCCAUCUGCAUCGCCCAGAUUGCUGCCGAUUUCCCCAUUCUCUUGUUCCAGGUGACGCAUUUUGGCCUUAUCCUGUAUUUCAUGGUUGGCCUCAAGACCACGGCCGCAGCAUUUUUCACUUAUUUAGUCACCAACUUCAUGACUGCUAUGUCCAUGACAGCUUUCUUCCGACUCGUUGGUGCCGCAUUCCCUACGUUCGACGCUGCAACCAAGGUCUCAGGCCUUUCAAUUGUAGCGUUGUUUGUCUAUAUGGGAUAUAUGAUUAUCAAGCCGGUGAUGCAUCCGUGGUUCGUGUGGAUCUUUUGGAUCAAUCCCAUGGCCUACGGAUUCGAAGCUCUUCUUGGAAACGAAUUCCAUGACCAGGUUAUUCCAUGUUACGGCCCUAACUUGAUUCCCAGCGGCCCUGGCUACAUGGGUGAAGGGGGUCAAUCAUGUGCAGGUGUUAUCGGUGCGAUACCUGGUGCGACAAGCCUUACCGGCGAUCAAUAUCUCGCAGCCUUGUCGUUCAGUCACAGCCACAUCUGGCGUAACUUUGGAAUCAUCUGUGCCUGGUGGGUGCUCUUUGUGGCUUUCACCAUAUUUUUCACCUCUAGGUGGAAGCUACUGGGAGAAGGAGGCCGCAACCUCCUGAUACCGCGAGAGUUACAGCACAAAUCGAAACAUCUCUUCCAAACCAAGGAUGAGGAAGCGCAACCUACAGAGAAGUCUGUCAGUACCGGAUCCGAUACAUCAGGAAGCAGCCUCGGAAAUGAUCUGCUCCGCAACAAGAGCAUAUUCACCUGGAAAAACCUGACCUAUACCGUCAAAACGCCUGAGGGUGACCGUAUCCUCCUGAACAACGUCCAAGGCUAUGUCAAACCGGGUAUGCUCGGGGCUUUGAUGGGAUCUUCUGGUGCUGGAAAGACGACCCUGCUAGAUGUUCUCGCACAACGCAAGACCGCAGGCACGAUUCACGGAUCUGUCUUAGUGGACGGGCGUCCUCUUCCCAUUUCCUUCCAACGCUCGGCUGGUUAUGUCGAACAGCUGGAUAUUCACGAGCCCUAUGCGACUGUCCGCGAGGCUCUCGAAUUUUCGGCACUGUUACGUCAACCUCGCGACACGCCCACCGAAGAAAAGUUGCGAUACGUGGACACCAUCGUUGAUCUUCUUGAACUGAACGACUUGGAACAUACCCUCAUUGGUCGACCCGGCGCUGGUCUCUCGGUGGAGCAACGUAAGCGUCUCACCAUCGGUGUUGAGCUCGUGGCAAAGCCGAGCAUCUUGAUCUUCCUCGACGAGCCCACGUCAGGACUGGAUGGUCAAGCUGCGUAUAAUACUGUUCGCUUCCUUCGCAAGCUUGCCGAAGCGGGCCAAGCUAUUCUCGUCACUAUCCAUCAACCGUCCGCACAGUUGUUUGCGCAAUUCGAUAAACUACUCUUGCUGGCCGCCGGUGGCAAAACGGUGUACUUUGGUGAUAUUGGCCAGAACGCGAACACAGUCAAGGAAUAUUUUGGUCGUCACGGCGCACCUUGCCCACCUGAAGUUAAUCCUGCUGAGUACAUCAUUGAUGUCGUGUCGGCAAAGGGCCGCCUCGAUUGGAACCAGGUCUGGUUGAAAUCCCCGGAACAUGACAGCCUCUCCAAGGAACUGGAUAGCAUAGUCGCCGAAGCGGCAGUUCAACCUACCGCGGCAAACGAUGAUCCGCAUGAAUUCGCUACUUCGCACUGGACGCAAACCAAACUCGUGACGCAUCGCAUGAAUAUCUCUCUCUUCCGGAACACUGAGUACCUCAAUAACAAGUUCGCUAUGCACAUCAGUCUAGCGCUGCUGAACGGUUUUACUUUCUGGAAGAUUGGAGACUCGCUUGCCGAUCUACAGCAAAACCUUUUCACAGUGUUCAACUUCAUCUUUGUCGCACCCGGUGUGAUCUCUCAACUGCAGCCGCUCUUUAUUGACCGCCGAGACAUUUAUGAGGCACGAGAGAAAAAGAGCAAAAUGUACCACUGGGCUCCCUUCGUGACGGGUCUUAUUGUCUCAGAGUUCCCUUACCUGCUUAUCUGUGCGCUACUGUAUUACGUUUGCUGGUACUUUACCAGUGGCCUUCCUACCUCCGGCGAGCAUGCUGGAAGCGUCUUUUUCGUUGCAGUCAUGUACGAGUGUCUCUACACAGGCAUUGGACAGAUGAUUGCCGCCUACACCCCGAACGCCGUAUUUGCGUCUCUAGUCAACCCUCUGGUGAUCACCACUCUCGUUUCUUUCUGCGGCGUGAUGGUUCCCUAUAGCCAAAUCGUCGCCUUCUGGCGGUACUGGAUGUACUAUCUGGACCCCUUCAAUUACCUUAUGAGCUCUCUGCUGGUAUUCACCACUUGGGACAGAUCCGUGCAUUGCAAGCCAGAGGAGCUGGCUGUUUUUGACCCGGCUCCCAACCAGACCUGUGGUGAAUAUCUCAACGUCUACCAGCAUGGCAUGGGGUGGGGCACGAAUCUUCUGAACCCAGAUGAUACUCUCCACUGCCGCGUUUGCCAGUACACCACCGGUGGAGAUUACCUCCGCACGCUGAACUUGAGAGAAGAACACUACGGAUGGAGGAAUGCGGGCAUUGUCGUUGUUUUUGUGGUCGGUAUCUACGGGCUCGUGUUCCUCAUGAUGAAGCUCCGGACCAAGGCCACCAAGAAGGCCGAGGAUUGA